AUGUGGGCGAGGGUUGUUUUAAUCGGGCUGUUAUUGGGGUGGUAUUCUCAAGCGAAUGGAUAUCAUCUCAAAACCGAAACUGAUAGCUAUCCGGAUUAUGGGGAGAAGCUGACAGCUCGUGAGUAUGGGAUCUGUGAGCGAGACGAUGGCUCCUUGCAUCAAUACAAAGUCCGUAAUCACGAUCAAACCGAUCCAGAAUGUGCACAUGAACUGGCGAUCGCCCGAGCCACAAAUGGAGUCAAUGAAACCGGAUGGGGCUAUUUGGAAAUCGAGCUCCAUGAUGCCGAUAUUCCAUUGUGGCUGCAGGGAUAUUCUGCUGGUUUUGUUGAAGGUCGUGCUACCCGAGAUAUAAUCAGAAUGCACAUCCACAACACAGUCGAUGGAUAUUGUGAUGGUGCAGAGGAGUAUUGCCAAAAGCUGAAUAGAUUCUUGGUUGAAAACCUGCUCUGGAUGAGAAAUCAAGUAGAGGAGAAUCCGGAGGAUGAGUAUUGGCAACAGAUUAACGUUACUCUGAAUCAACUGAAUGGAAUUAUUGACGGUUAUGAGGGCACGCUCAAUGAAUUCCGAAAGGUCGAGGACCUGGUGCAGCAUCCAAUUUACUAUAUCCAGCUUGCUGGUGAUAUGGAGGAUUUGGCGCUUCUGUUCAAGCGCCCUGAACAUCUACGAUCAGCUUGGAAAGGUGGUCAUUGCUCGGCCCUUGUCAGACUCCUUCCUGACCAUUCCGACCUUUAUUUCUCACACGUCACUUGGUCCAGCUAUUCCACGAUGUUGAGGAUGUUGAAGAAAAUCACCUGGAAAGUGAAGGCACCUGGAUACGCGUAUUCGUACUCCAGCUAUCCGGGAGCUAUUCCUUCGACUGACGACUUUAUGAUCUCCUCUUCUGGUUUGGCUAUUCUCGAGACAACAAUUAGCAACUACAACCACAAGAUCAUGAAGGAGUAUAUCGUGCCGGAGACGGUACUGUGCUUCAUCCGAGCUCAGAUUGCCACACGUCUCUCUUCGGGUAAUGCUGAAUGGGCAGAAAUCUUCGCCAAAUACAACUCUGGAACGUACAACAACCAAUGGGUGAUCGUCGAUUACAAGAAGUUCAAGCCCGAUUCUCCACGUCAACCACGCCAGGGACUUAUUCACAUCUUAGAACAGCUACCUGGAUACAUCCAACACAAAGAUCUCAGCGAGUUCUUGCUUCAACAAUAUUAUUGGCCCAGUUAUAACAUGCCGUUUUUCCCGGAUGUCUACAACGACAGUAUGACGGCCAGCUUUGCCGAGCAGUACGGAGAAUGGUUUACCUAUGAUCGCACGCCGAGGGCCCUGAUCUUCAAGCGUGAUUACCAUAAGGUCAAGAAUAUGGAGAGCAUGAGGCGAUUGAUGCGCUCCAACGACUAUACAAACGAUCCGCUGGCCGCUUGCGAAUGUGAUCCACCAUAUUCAGCUGAAAAUGCCAUUUCAUGCAGAGAUGACCUUAACCCCGCCAACGGCACAUAUCCAUCGGAUCUGAACCCGAUUGACGGAUCGUACCCGUUCUCCGCAUUGGGACAUCGUGACCAUGGAGCUACCGAUAUGAAGUUGACGAACUACAAACUCCAUCGCAAGCUACAAUUCGUCGCCAUUUCUGGACCUACAAGCGACAAUGUGCCGGAGUUUAACUGGAAGACCACACCUUUCAAAGACUCGGUACCGCACGAAGGUAUGCCCGAUCGUUUCAACUUCCCACCCGUUGUCUAUCGAUGGAGCAAGCAGGGACUUUUCCACGAUCGCGUU